UGUUCAUUCAAGAGGCAGCGUUCAGUCAUUGGCUAUAAUGUGCUGAGUUUACACAAUACCAUUGGCUCACUCAGAUGUCAUUGUUGUUUCCUAGCUGAACGUGGCAACUCCUGGAACAAGCAUGUAACAAUCCACAACGUUGUCCCAGGGGUCUGAAGUCCGACUUCACCGCUAUAGCCUACCGUGCUGAAAAGUUGUUCCUAAUUCUCACUCACCUGACCUUUGAAACAGGCAACAAAUAUGGCAUCAUGGAUUAUAAAAAUUGCCUUGAUGGCAAUGAGUAUCUUAAUCGAAACUACCGAAGGGAAAAAAGACAAGGUGCUGUAUUGUUCAGCAUGCAGGGCUAUUGUUGAUGAGCUCAAUUAUUCAAUCAGUCAGAUUGAUCCGAAGAAGACCAUCAAUGUGGGAGCCUUCAGACUCAAGCCUGAUGGGAGCCUGACUGAUAAAAAGGUCCCUCUUGCUAGAUCUGAGACCAACUUGAGUGAGCUUCUGGAUGGAGUUUGUGGUAGCAUGAGUGACUAUGCUCUUCAUGUGGACCCAGACACCAAGAUAAAGCAAUACAAAAGAUUUGCUCCAAGAAGUUCUGAUGCCGGGGAUUUUCCUGAUUUUAACAAUUUCAAGUUUGAUGGCCCAGAGGGAUCCAAUGACCUAAAAUUUGCGUGUGAAAGCAUUGUGGAGGAAUUUGAAGAUGAUAUCAUCUCUCUUUUUGCCAAAGAGACAGACCAUGUGGUCGACAAGUUAUGCAAUGAAGUAUCAGUUCCUUUGCAGUAUGCUGAGUGGACUGCUGGAGGGGGGUUCUCAGAUGAAAUGCAACCCUCACACAGGGACAUUUUGAAUUCUGAUGUGUAGAAGAAGUGAUGGGUUAAAGGAAAUGAGCCUCCUGCAGCUGUGACCGAAGGCUUUGACCUUCAUCGGGCUCCCGGCCACAGACUCCAUUGAGGAACCAACCGAGUUGCUCAGCUCAGCGUCUGAGAGGCACCAGCUUUUCUCAACCCAGAGAGCUCAUCAAGUCAGUGACCGUUGGGUGUUACUUCCACAUACAAGCUGGGAAAGAAUAGAAAUGCAGAUGAGGUUCUGGGGCAUUGAGGAGCAGGUCAAUGCUGCGAAUGGUCCGCACAGAUAAUUCCCCCUUUUGUGUUUGGAUCCUUUUCUGUUUUUAAAAAAAAGCAUCAGGUAAUACUGAGACCGCAGAGUGUUGGAACCAGUUUUGGUGACUGAAGUUCAGUCAUAUUUGAUUGCGUUUGAAUUGCUUGGUUAUGUAUGGCAGUUUUGAAAUCAACAUGAGUAUAGUGUAUUAUGAUCAAAUUGAAAAGGUGUCAUUGUGAUCUGGAUUUUACCAACCUUACUUGGUUGAUGUAUGUGAGGGGAAAUUGAUCUUGUUGAUAAGAGACUCCGUUACAGGCAGAAACUGGGGAUGGGAUAGCUCUCAAUAUUCUGGGUUAUUAACAUUCUGGGUUAUUAACAUUCUGGGUUAUUAACAUUCUGGGUUAUUAACAUUCUGGGUUAUUAACUCUGUUUCCAAACAAUGCAGAAAAGUCUCAAUUUUAAUUUAAUGAGGAUAUGUAUCAUAUUGAACCUACUAGUUUGAAUGUUUCCAUAAGCUUUUAAUUCCCACUUUGUUAUCUGCUGUGGACAUGUUUGACAGAGCAAAUGAUUUCAAGGUAAAUGUUAUUUGUAGCAACUGAGUGGAAUUGCUGGCAUGGGAUUCCUACAACACUUUGAGAUCCUUAAAGAGUUUUGGCACAUUUAAGCAAUUUCUGGGAUACAGAAAUAAUGUGUACAACUGUACUACAUUUUGCUGUUGAGAUGCUGGGUCUUCAUGUUAGGCUCCAAAGCUCUAUUCAUGACUACUAAGUAUAGGUGGCUUGCAUUCAGCAUAGCGUUGACUUGAGGAAUGGAAAUCUGUAUUUUGACUUUGCUAUCAAAUCAAAUCAAAUUUAUUUAUAUAGCCCUUCUUACAUCAGCUGAUAUCUCAGUGCUGUACAGAAACCCAGCCUAAAACCCCAAACAGCAAGCAAUGCAGGUGUAGAAGUACAGUGGCUAGGAAAAACUCCCUAGCUAUGACUUAUGGGGUGGUCACCUGACUAAAAUUAGGUAUACUAUGCUGCAUAUCACUUAGACUGUCUAUAACAUCAUGGUGCGUUUUGGUGCAAGUUCAUGUGUAACUUUUUUUGUGGUCAACAUUUCGGUAGUAGUUUUCAUUUAGUAAAUACAUUUUAGACUGUUUGCCUGGUGAAACCAACAGUCAUCUUUUCCAUUGUCAUUGGGGACAAGAUACUUUCUCUAUAUACCAUGUUUGAAUUCUGUUCAUUUUGAACAAUUAAACUUUUUUUUAAGUAACUUGAACUCUGCAAGUAGCCCUAUUACAGUAGGCCAUUACGAGCAUGUAAUGUCUAUGUAAACACCACUUUAAUUGCAGACUGUAUAAAGUAUAACCAUAAUUUUGAUGCAUGAAAUAAUGUAUUCUUUCAAGGUUUAUUUAGCCGAGGACCACCUGCAAAUAGCCAAUUCCACAAUGCAGUUUACUCUUUAUGAGAAAACAAAUCCACAAAUAUGUCUAUUGAGAGCUAGCCCAUCCAGCUAGCCCAACAGUGAACUCGCAUCAUAGUAUAUUCCAUAAAUUUACCAACUGCCUAUUAGAGGACAAUAUUUUGAAGUUGCCCUAUUGCCCACAUUGUGUUCUGUACUGUUUAGCAGGAUGCAAUUUUCCUUGCUGUCUCAUUAACCUUCAAGACAGGCCAGUAAUUGUUAUGCUAAUUGAUAUUAUGUUGUUUCAACACACAUGUGACUUGGCCAUAUCACAUUUAUGCCUCAAAUUAUUCCCAGAGUGGAUGUUUCUGAAUUAACAGUAGGCUAUUAGUCAGCCUGUAUUUAUAGAGUACUGGUUAUGUUGUUUAUUGCUUUAUAAGCACAAUAGAAAAUAAAGGAUUUAAAAUUG